CAUUUCAACUAGUCAGGAUAUCAGAUGGGCAAAAAUACUUGAGGGUUGUUUGUUUCACUAAGGUCACGGCUCCGCUUCGAUUUCUACUCUCUAAAAAACGCUUGCGUUUAAUCUUCUUGUGACAGGCGUUCCGUUGUGGGGGAAAUAUACCAUCAAUAUCAGAUUAAUUCCUUGAUCAUCAGAAUCAACUGCAGGUGUGAAUUCAUGUCUGUAUAUUCUCCCCAAAUAUACUGCCCAGUGUUUGUGCCGAGCGGAGACAUGACUGAGGUGAUGAUCAGUAGCACCCCCAUGGAGGACAUGAGGCUUAGCCCCAGCAAGGACCGGCUCUCCAUCCAGAUCUUUCCAGACCCCUCAGACUUCGAGCGCUGCUGUAAGCUGAAAGACCGCCUGCCCUCCAUCGUAGUGGAGCCCACGGAGGGGGAAGUGGAGAGCGGCGAGCUGCGUUGGCCUCCUGAGGAAUUCAUUGUCAGUGAAGAAGAGGAGAAGGAGAACCAUGGCAAAAGCCAAACUGGACAGCCAAUGCAGAACAACCAGGACUAGAGGCCAAACGACAGACCCUACUCCCACCUACAUCCCACUCGCACUUAACCACUCACUGAGUGACUAGGGGCACACAUGUCAGUGAUGCUCACUUUCCUUCCCUUGACACCAAAGCAUCACUCUCAAGAGAAGCAAUAUGCAUGCUUUACCUUAUCUACUUUUUGGAUUUCACCUCUGUUGCUUAACCACACACACACACCAUAUGUAUGAAAAUACACACACACCAUAUGUAUGAAAAUACACACACACACCAAGCAUCCCUGUGUCUCACCCUAAAAUGGAGGUCCAGUAAAACGGUGGCAGCUCAGUGUUCCAUGGACAGAUCUAGUACUGCAGGAGACUACAAUUCCCACGCCAUUUGCCAAAUCUGCUGGCCACAUGACUCCAGAGACUCCUUAUACCCAGAGACUACUGCUUUGGUACGCAAGUGGAUUUCUGUUUUUCAUACCUUCCUUCGAUAUAUGGAUUGAAAUGUACAUGACUACGAUUGCCAUUGCCGUCUGUGGAUCUCAUAGUCUGUCUUUAAAAGUCUUGUGCGUAUGUUGGUGGGGUUUGUUUUGUUCGUUUCGGUGGAUUGUGAUGACUGACAGGAAGUAGGGGUUACUGUGAACAACACAAAGAGACCGUUAGUCUCCAUUGGGCAAAGGAGUAACUUUUACACUGAGAUGGAAAGAGAGGGAACUCUUCCCUACUUCUAUAAAAGUUCAUUAUAUGUACAGUAUAAUAUGAACUCUGGUUGUGCACUGAAACGCUCAUCUGCUUUGUUUUUUUCCCUUGUCUUGUCCCCCCUGAUGACAUUUGAUAAGUAUUGGAAGGGGGGGGGGAGGGGGCAAUUAGUCAAUAUGAAUCAAUAUAUUUUUUUAGAUGUAGUGAUUAAAACCAACAAUGUCACUAAAAUAGACAGACUCAGUGAAGGACAUUUUUGCCCUCUGAGCCAAUACCUGAGGUUAUUGUUGAUUGGUUUAUUUUGUUAUUGUCACAACAUUCAUGAGACUGAAAUUAGUUCUAAGUGAUUCUCACCAGAGCUCCGAGUUCACUGAUCUCAUCUUCACUGAUCAGCCAUUAUGUCACCCUCAACCAGUAAGGUAUAUCACGAUGCAGGGCCAGGGACUUGGCCAGCUACCUCUUGUACAUUUCUGUACAACUCCCAAUUUUCCAGUUCAUAAAACAGGCAUUGGUUCAUGGCAGUGGAGGCUGCUGAGGGGAGGAUGGCUCAUAAUGGCUGGAAUGGAGUCAAUGACACUUGUUCUCAACUGGCCUACCUGGUUAAGUAAAGGUGAAAUAAUAAAAAAAUGGAAUGGUAUAAACUACAUGGAAAUCACGUUUGUUUGAUACCAUUCCAUUGACUCCAUUCCAGACAUUAUUAUGAGCCGUCCUCCCCUCAGCAGCCUCCACUGGUUCAUGUACUCUGUUCUCUUACUAACAAGUCCUCCACAGUAGCUUCCUUUUAUAAUCUUUAAAACAGUUACUGGUAUCUGUCCGUGUUUUGUUAAAACCAGUUAGUUAUAAAUUGCCACCUGGUUUGUAUGCAAUUUGUUAAACUAAUGAUGUUUUGCCAUCUAUUUCUCUAUUCUACAUCACCAGCUGUUCAGCCUUCUUGGAAAGAUGUUAAAGGCAUGAUGUUUGCUGAAAAAAAUAAGAUACCUUUUAUGUAUUGUUCUUCACCUGUAUAUGAAGCUUUGUGUAUGUCUCUCCCUCUGUAAAUGGCAUUAGGGCUCUGUACAGAACAUCUCCUUUUCUCUCUGCUGUCACCCACAAGUACUGUGCUUUGUUUUUGUAAAGCUCAGGGAGGAUAGCUGCCAUCUUGCUAAUUUUUGUUGUUGUAUUUAGAUCACUUUACUCUGACGAACAGAGGUUGUAAAUAAACAUUUGAAUUUGCUUCCAA